UUGGAAACUGGAUGGAGGCGAAAGAAGUGGAUAGUUUAGUUAUAUUAAGUGGAUUUUGACAGCGGAUUGAUUUUGACGGCGUUUCUUACUGGAUCUUAAAGUGUGCCCAUUGGGAAAAAGACGUUGUUAUCUACAAGAAACAGAAGCUGGCAUGCGCUAAUAUGGAAACCAAACCUUUCUUGUCUCUAGGGCUCCUGAAAAAUCCAUGCUCUGUAGCACCGCCGUGUUUGCGGAGCCGGCCGGGCGAUGCUGGCAGUUUGCCCAGUGGCUGCUCUGGCUUCACGGAUGCGUACCCACUGCAACAGCGCAGGAUAUCCACAGAAUCCACUGGUCUUUCUCCUCUCAGCUCCUCCACAUGUCACCGAGGCAUCAGUAACCACCCUCUACACCAGCCCAUGCUCAGCCCCUCCGCCAUGAACUCCAGCCCAGGUCAACUCCACUCGCCCAUCAACGGCCUGCCCUCACCCUUCCCUCUCAUCAGCUCGUCCGUGGGCCACCCGUCAAUGAGCGGCUCGUCCUCCACCAGCAUGACCUUCCGACCGAGCCUUAGCCCACAGCUCAGUUCGCCCAUGAAUCCAGUCAGCUGUUCAGAGGACAUUAAACCCCCUCUGGGUCUAAACGGAGUGAUGAAGGUCCCAGCGCAGCCAACAGGCACCUCUCUCUCCCUCACAAAACACAUCUGUGCCAUUUGUGGAGACCGCUCAUCAGGUAAACACUAUGGGGUGUACAGCUGUGAAGGCUGUAAGGGCUUCUUCAAAAGAACGGUGAGAAAGGACCUGACGUACACUUGCCGAGACAACAAAGACUGUAUAAUUGACAAACGCCAACGAAAUCGCUGCCAGUACUGCCGUUAUCAGAAAUGCUUAGCCAUGGGAAUGAAGAGAGAAGAAAAAAAAGAAAGUCAUACAGGUCAUACAGGACAUGAGGCCGUUCAGGAGGAGCGGCAGCGGGCGAAGGAGCGGAACGAGGGAGAGUUCAGCAGCUGUGCCAAUGAGGACAUGCCCGUGGAGAAGAUUCUGGAAGCCGAACUGGCAGUGGAACCAAAGACAGAGACCUACGUGGAAGCCAACCUGGGUGUGCCUGCCAAAUCUCCUAACGACCCAGUAACAAACAUCUGUCAAGCAGCUGACAAGCAACUCUUUACUUUAGUGGAGUGGGCCAAGCGGAUACCUUACUUUUCUGAUCUCCCGCUGGAUGAUCAAGUCAUCCUCCUGCGAGCAGGAUGGAAUGAACUCCUGAUUGCUUCUUUUUCGCAUCGUUCCAUAGCUGUGAAAGAUGGAAUCUUAUUAGCCACAGGCCUUCAUGUCCAUAGAAACAGCGCACAUACUGCCGGUGUGGGAGCCAUCUUUGACAGAGUGCUGACAGAGCUUGUGUCAAAGAUGAGAGACAUGCAGAUGGACAAGUCUGAACUUGGAUGUCUGCGAGCUAUUGUUCUGUUCAAUCCAGACUCAAAAGGACUGUCUAAUCCAUCCGAGGUGGAAGCACUGAGGGAAAGAGUGUAUGCUUCUCUGGAGGCCUACUGUAAACAAAAAUACCCUGAUCAACCUGGGAGCUGCUGCGCGAUGAUAGAGGAUCGGCUUCGGGCAUAUAUGGAAAGCAGCGUUCAGUCCCGUCUGACAGAGGGAUAUAUUGCUCACAAGGUGGAAACAUUUUCCGAAUGGCAUCUUGAAAAAGUCGUCGUUAAGCAAAAGGCACUUUUAUGUUCUUUUUUACUGUACACAUUAAAUACAAACACAAUGCAACAGCGUUACGGAUAUGCAAGUGGUAGUGGAUACUCAAUUUGUCCGAGCACAAGCAGGGAGAUAAAAAUAAACCUUUGGAUUUGCCAAGCUGUUAUUGCGUCUGCCCGCUUUGCGCUCCAUUGGCCUGAAGUGUCUUGAACAUCUCUUCUUUUUCAAGUUAAUCGGGGACACGCCCAUUGACACUUUCCUAAUGGAAAUGCUUGAAGCGCCACACCAAAUGACUUAAGGUGAAUGGAUUCUGAUCAUCUCCGCCCGUCUAACAGCAUUUCACUAAAUGCCUCUGUAAAGCAAUGGAAGAGGGUCCUGUUUUCUGUACAGAACAUUACAAGAGGCCAGCACAGGACACAUCUCAAUAGAGACUGCUUUGUCCAGACUGAUAAACAUCUCACACUGCUGUCUAAGAGAGGAUUGAACUGCAAGUAAUUCUACCCUGAUGUUUAAUCAGAAGCAUUGCGUAAUCAGCAAAAUGCUGUGCAACCUUUCAUUACGGAAUGCCAUACAAACAGGAUGGAUGUUUUUUUCCUGGUUUGAGAGAUCUCACCAAGUUCUAUGGAUAUUUCUGCUGAAAUCAAAGGUCUAACUGUUUCUCAUUUAUUCUGCCUUACAGAGGUCUACCUCUGCAUUGCAUUGAGUUCAACCCAUAUACAGCCAAACCACCUCAUCUCUAAUAUCAUUGCUGUGAAGUUUCGGUUUUCAUGCGAGGAUACAAAAUUCCUUAAUACCUCAGCUGCACUUCUUCAUACAACUGUCCUUAACAGUUAUAUCACUGUCCAUGUGUAUUUGCCAUUGAAACCUCUUGCUUCAGACUUUAGUGAUCAGUGUUAACAGUGUGCAUUUUUUCAGUCACGGACUUGAUUUCAGUAUCUAGAGUUUGUUGAUAUAAAGAUCCAGGAACUUAAUAACAUUGUUUUCCAGGCACUUACUAUUUUUUUGUUUUUUUACUUAUGUCAGUUUACUAUAAGUAUGUAUUUGUGAGAAAGAAACAGCAUGCUGUUUGGUUUCAGUGUGAAGUCCCUUUCUUUUCGGAAGAGAUAUAUGAAUCACAGAAUGCUCUAAAAACAAUGAAAAGCAGGUGUGCUCCUGGUCGAACUCAUUUGGAUGAAAAUACAAUGAUUCAUUAUAAGAAUUCUGUAAAAAAAAAAAAAAAUGUUGAAGAUUUUCAUAAUGUUUUGCCUCUAUAAUUCAGCAUAAAUAUGUAUUAAGUAUUUCCAAAGAUUUUCAAUAAUGUUUAUAAAUCAUCUGAUAAUUCCCAGCAAGUGGGUGUUACUGAUUUGAAAAUAUGCAACUAGUUAAAGGAAUCCAGAUGAUAGUCUGCCUCAGGGAAUCGCAAGGUUUGAGAAGUGCUAUGUCUGCCCCCUAUUGGAAGAGUUGUGACAUUGCAGCUAAUUUGCUAUAUGACUUAAAUACUGCUACAUAGACAUUUCUUCAGUUUAAAGUGUUGGGUAUUCAUAAUUGCAAUGCUUUGCAAACAUUGAAAAAUAACCAUUCUUAAGCCUCAGGUUUAUGCAAAUGAAAAUAUGCAUUUUUAUUGUAUUUAUUGCUUAUAUUUUGCAGAGUCUCUCAUCUGUGUCAUAACAAGGAAAUAACAUCAAAUGGUGAGACAGAUUUCUCAAUGCCACUUCUAUAGAUGCAUCAAACCACAAUUGCAGAUUGAGCCAAUCUAAACUAGUGUUUUCAAGAUGAAUGUGUUGACAAAUACUUUUAUUAGAAUGAAUAAUUAUUGCAAUUUGGAAAGUAUCUAUCCGGUUUAGUGGACAUUAAAAUGAAAGGUUUGCCAAAAGCCCUCAUGUUAUUCCAAACCCCUAUGACUUUCUUUCUUCUGGGGAGCAUAUAAAGAGACUUUCUGAAGAAUGUUCUGGUUGUUUUGUUUUACAUUAAAUAAUAAUUAAUAGAAACUGAAGCUUUCCAAAAAUUAUGGAAAAGUUGCAAAAGCCCUAUAAGAAGUGUAAUAAAUAGAUUUAUUCUACUUGUGCGCUAUAUUCAGAGUGUUCUGAAGUCAUAUGAGGAACAAACCGAAAUUUAAGUCAGAGGAAAGUCAUACGUGUUUGGUAUGACAUGAAAGUGAGUAAAUGAGGAAUUAAUUUUCACAUUUUGGUAAAGUAUCCCUUUUAAGAAUUUGUAUUAUUUGACAUGGCACAAAGGACCUACUGAUUUAUUUAGACUAAACAUUCUGGCAAUAGUCUAUACUUUAUGUGUUGAGCCUCACAACAUAAUGACAAAAGAGCAUUUAGUACAAAAUGAAUACAAGCAGCUUGUACUGUUUAUAUGAUUGUAAACAGGACCUAACCUUAUCAGUGGUCAUAUGUUCUUAUGCUUUGACCAGGGAGAAAUUUUAACCAACUAUCAGGGAAGAUCAAUGGACUUGGUCUCUCCUCUUUACAUUUUUAUAUGUGGGCUUUGCAUUACUCCAAAACCAGCAUGUUUAGAAUGUGCACAAAAAAAAAGAUCCCUUGCUGAGGGAAACAAGAAACAAAAACAGACACAGUGUAAUGCAGCUUGGGUUUGGAUGAGCAUCAUGUGGAACAGUCAGACGGGGUUUAGACCAUCAGGAGCACAUCUUUUUUGGAUAUUUGUCACAAUCAUGAUGUGCUGCUGUUAGACAUCAUUAAAUCCUUUACCAGUCUGCAAUAUUUUCCUGUGAGACACCAGCUCAUCACAGGAAUAUAUCAGCAAAACAUCAAAGAGAUGCAUUUUAAGAGAAUUAUCUAUUUUUGUACAAAGUGUAACUAUCGCUAUAUGACUAUUCAGUUCGUUUUGAAAUUCAUUGUUGGUGUAAAUUUUAAUUUUGAAGUGGUGCCAUGCCCUCAAACCUGGAGUGAGGGAAGGUUUACAGAUGCUUCUCCGUUCCUCUGCUAUUAUCUGAGAGCUAAGUUUGGCUCUUUUUUUCCACAAAAAAAGACUGAGGGUGGAUGUAUUGUCCUAUUGCAAAAUGUAUUUUGUUCAAAGUACUAUUAAAUUUCAGACUCUAAAAAUGACUGAGAUGUUUUCUUUAGAAAUCAUGAGAACAAUCUAUAAAUUAACAUAAAAAGUGUUCAAAUGAAAUGUGCUUUAUAUAGCUUCUCACAAAGCACA